AUGAGCAAACAAAAUGCUUAUUGCUCACUUGUAUUGAAUAAGUACAAACCGUUGGUAGAAAAGGGACAUCCGAAAGCCGCUUCUUUGAAAACCGUCCCUUUAUUGUUUCCAGAGCUUUGUGCAGAAAUCUUCGAUGGAAACAGUGCAUCUGGUAAUCUCAGUUAUGACACCUCCCAAACACCAUCGGGACAUGGAUCGUCUUCCUUCCAUGUUGCACCACUAAAGCUUAUGGACGCCCCUUCCAUUAACAUAGAUGAAGAUGAUUACUUUUCCAAUCAUACUAGUGAGCAUUUUACUCAGCCACCACCUUCUGCUGCUUCACCUUCUGCUGAUUCACCUUCAGCUGCUUCACCUUCUAGUUACCCCAACAAAAGGGCUAAACCCUCAACUCCUAGACCUCGGGCUCCUAGUGCCUCACCUGAUCCACCUUCUUGUGCCUCGCCUAAACCUUCUAUUACUCGUGAUGAUUUAGCACUGGAGAUGCAAAAAGCUCUACGCCAUUUGACUCAAGGGCCAACGAUUCCCCAAUGUUUAGAGAAGCUUGAGUUGCUCGAGUUAGAUCCAGUAGACCCUCUACGAUUUGCUACAUAUCAUAUUCUUGGAGGGACCAUGAAUAUAAGAGAGAUGUGGGUAAAUUUUCCUAAUGAUCCACAAAUAUUAAGAGGAUGGAUCGAGAUGACAGCUACAAGCUUAGGAGUUUUAAAGGAUGGGAAGAUUAUCCGUUAA